GCGACGACAAAAUUGGUAUCGCCUUCCCAGCAAAUCGUCGUUCACUGCAGCUGCAGUGCAAGGCGCAGGUCUACAAGGCCCAGCCAAAUGGCGGCGGCGGCGCGGCCCGUCGACGUCGCCCUCCCCUUCCCCUUCUCCUGCUGCUCCUCCACCUCCCUGCUGCUCUCGCAUUCCCGCGGCCGCUCCCUCCCGCCCGCCGUCGGCUGCUCCAGGCUCGCGUCUCCCCGCUCCUCCAUGCGCCGCCAGCUCCUCCUCGGAGUGGGUGCGCCAGCCGUGGCGGCGCUCGCGGCCUCCGCGCCUCCGGCGGUGCUGCGGGACGGCGCCGCCACGCUGCUCAUCACGGGGGGCGCCUACUCGCUAGUCCGCGCCUUCGAUGCGCUCACGGAGCGGCGGCUCAUCGAGCAGAACCUGAGCAGAAAGAUUGUGCAUGUGCUGUCCGGGGUGCUGUUCAUGUCGUCCUGGCCACUCUUCAGUAAUUCGCCAGGAGCACGGUUCUUUGCGGCAAUUGUUCCGUUGCUGAACUGCAUAAGGCUUUUAACCUAUGGGCUCCGCCUCUCCACGGAUGAAGCUCUAGUAAAAUCGGUGACCCGUGAAGGAAAACCGGAGGAAUUGCUGAGAGGUCCACUGUACUAUGUUAUUGUGCUGCUGGUCAGUGUUUUGGUCUUCUGGCGCGAGUCUCCGAUUGGGAUUAUUUCGUUGUCGAUGAUGAGUGGUGGUGAUGGCUUUGCUGACAUUGUUGGGAGAAGGUUUGGGUCCAUGAAGCUGCCAUUCAAUAAGAAAAAGAGCUGGAUAGGGAGCAUCUCAAUGUUCAUUUCUGGCUACCUUUUAUCUGCUCUGAUGCUAUUCUACUUUUCAUGCCUUGGUUACUUCAAUGUCUGCUGGGAGCUAGCACUUGGUAAACUGGCUCUUGCUGCAUUAGCAGCUACUGUAGUGGAGUGCAUUCCUGUUACUGAUGUUGUGGAUGACAAUAUCUCUGUUCCUUUGGCCACCAUGUUGGCAGCCUUUCUGUUAUUUGGCUUCAGUGCAUGUUGUUGACUCAAUAAAGCUUCUCCAUUUCAUUUUUC